AUGCUCUAUCCGUGCGAAAAUCAUUUUGUUUAUUACGCCAUUGCAUGUGGUGCUUCAUGCUCGAUCUUAACUCCCGAUUUUGGAGUCUUUGCAUGGACAGUUUCAUUUGUUGUACCACUCACGAUUAUUAUCUUUUUCAAUAUUUUUCUUCUCGCAAGAAUUCUUCUUCACAAACGACGAAUGUUACAGAAAGACGUUUGGCAAAAAAAUAAAGGCAUGAUCUUACAACUUUUAUCUAUCACUGGAAUGUUAUACAUUUCCUGGCUGCCUAUCACUCUUACUACGGUCAUCAGUCUGGCACAUCCAACACCAGUUUUAUCAGAAAUUCAAGGCUAUUGGUUAUUGAUUGGUUUAAUUUACAUUCCUGUACUAUGUUCACCAAUAACAACUAGUUAUGCAAUGCCAGAAUUGCGAAAUGAUAUUCGUGGAUGGCUCAAGCAAAGACGUCCGCGUGUCGGUACCACUCGAGCUGAUCCCGUUAAUCCAACUGGAACGCAUUGA